GAAGUCCGAUUCAGAAACUGAAAGGAAAGGGUUGUCCCGGAGCUUUGUGAAGUGUUUCUCAGCGCUUAUAAGAAUGGCAGAGGCGAUUUCAAGCGACAAUGAGCUUUUUACAUGUCCGAUUUGUAUGGAUCUUCUUAGGGAUCCAGUGACUACUAAUUGUGGACACAGUUACUGUAAAGGCUGCAUUAAGGGCUGCUGGGAUCAGGAAGAUCAGAAGGGAGUCUACAGCUGCCCCCAGUGCAGACAGACGUUCACUCCAAGACCCGUUUUAAACAAAAAUAAUAUUUUUGCUGAACUUGUGGAAAAGAUCCGGAAGACCAGAAUCCAAGCUGCUGCUCCUGUUUCAUGUCCUGCUGGACCUGGAGAUGUGGAGUGUGACGUCUGCACUGGGAGAAAACUCAAAGCUGUGAAGUCCUGUCUGGAUUGUGUGUUGUCUUACUGUGAAACUCACUUCAAAGCUCACAAUGACCUGAACCCCGGAAGAAAACACUCAGUGAUUGAUGCCACAGGCCAGCUACAGGAGAGGAUCUGCUCUCAUCAUAAGAAGGUUUUUGAAAUAUUUUGUCGAACCGAUCAGAGUUGUAUCUGCUAUCUGUGCACGAUGGACGAACAUAAAGGCCAUGACACAGUCUCAGCUGCAGCAGAAUGGACAGACAAACAGAGGCAGUUGGGGCAGACCCAGAGGAGAUUCCAGCAGAGAAUCCAGGAGAGAGAGAAGGAGCUGCAGGAGCUGAGGAAGGCUGUGGAGACUCUCAAGAGCUCUGCACAGACAGCAGUGGAGGACAGUGAGAGGAUCUUCACUGAGAUGAUCCGCUCCAUUGAGAGAAGGUGCUCUGAGGUGAAAGAGCUGAUCAGAGAUCAGGAGAAGGCUGAGGUGAGUCGGGCUGAAGACCUCCUGAAGCGACUGGAGCAGGAGAUUGCUGAGCUGAAGAGGAGAGAUGCUGAGCUGGAGCAGCUUUCACACACAGAGGAUCACAUCCAUUUCCUCAAGGUGACAGAAUUUGAAAUAAAGCAUCCAUGUGGUUUUAGGAGGGGGAAAAUCUUCUCUUUUGAGGCUGUGAAGGAAUCUGCCUCUGGAGUGAAGGUGCAGCUGGAUGACAUCUUCAGGCAGGAAGUAGUCAAGAUAUCUGCAGCAGUAACGAAUAUCCAGAUCAUCCAGUCCUUAGAAUAUGCUGAUCCUGAGCUCCCAGUCAGAAGAACAAGCAGUAAGGGGUUACUGCCACCAGAGAUGUCUGAAGUCCAGGCUGUUUUUCCUGAACCAGUGACCAGAGAGGAGUUCUCACAGUACUCCUGUCACUUCACACUGGAUCCAAACACAGCAAACAGACACCUCCAUCUGUCUGAGGGGAACAGGAGGGUGGAGAGGAGAGAUGAGGUCCAGUCAUAUCCUGAUCAUCCAGAGAGAUUUGAUGGGUGGGGUCAGGUGCUGUGUAGAGAGGGUGUGUCUGGACGCUGCUACUGGGAGGUUGAGUGGAGUAGGGGGUUGGUUUAUAUAUCAGUCUCAUAUAAAAGCAUCAGCAGGAGAGGAUGGGGUAAUGAGUGUGUGUUUGGAUGUAAUGAUCAGUCCUGGAGUCUGGCCCUCACCAGCAGCAGCUCCUAUUUCAUACACAAUAAUAAACAGACUCAACUCCCUCUAGUGGCCAGCUCCAGAAUAGGAGUGUAUGUGGAUCACAGGGCAGGAACUCUGGCCUUCUACAGCAUCUCUGACACAAUGACCCUCCUGCACAGAGUCCAGACCACAUUCACUCACACACUCUACCCUGGGUUUGGGCUAUAUCCUGGAACAGUGAAGCUGCUGUGACUGACAUGUCUGCCAGCAGCGCGUUUAACACUUGUCUAUGUGUGUGUGUUUGUGCGCAUCGGGGCGGAACUCUACCGUGCGCGAUACAGAGAGCAGAGGAGAAUUGU